AUGGCUAGCCCUCCUGUGCUAGCCUUCGAUGCUGAGGGACGUCCAGUGAAGUUUGACACCUGGCUAGAUGACCUGCACCUCUUCCUACAGCUCACUGCCAAGGAGGACAUCUCACUGUACGAUCACGCCCUAGGCCAUGCCCUUGCACCUCCUACUACUUCUGACAGCUCUACCCGCUCACAGUGGCAGACUCGUGACGCCCACGCUCGCUUUGCUAUUCGCAACUCCCUGCCGAUAGAUGAGCGCGAGCACUUUGGCCAGCACAAGACUGCACAGGACCUGUACAAAGCUGUCGUUGCCCGCUACUCCUCACCCGCCUCCGCCGCACUAGGCCGUCUCUCCCUUCCCUACCUGUUCCCCGACCUGUCCUCUUUCCACACAGUCGCUGACCUCAUCACGCACCUCCGCACUAUCAGGGAUUCCUUCCUAGCUCGCUGCCCUACUGAGCUCACCAUUGCCCUCCUCGAGAAGGAACUACUUGCAGCUGAGGCUAGCAUAGUCGCUGUAGGUGCCUCUCGUGGCGACCCCCGCACCCCGUUCUUUGAGGGGUGUUCUCCUUCCCCCCUUCUUCCCUCUGUCGCCUCUGCUGCUGCUGUCGACCUCCUUGGUGCUGAGAAGGUCGGGACUGCGUCUGCUUCGAGCGGACGCCGCAGCGGCAAGGGCAAAGGGGGCAAGGGAGGCGGAGGUGACGGCGGGGGAGGGGGUGGUGGGGGCGGUGGCGGCGGUGGGGGUGGUGGCGGGGCUGGAGGGGCGAGUGGCAGCGGUGGGGGUGGUGGCGGCAGCGGCGGGGGAGGUGGCAGGGGCGGGGGCGGUGGUGGGGGUGGCGGUGGACGCGGCGGCGGCAGGAGUUGGGGUGGUCGAGGAGGUGGGGGCGGAGGUGGUGGUCGUGGAGGCACUGGCGGUGGCCAGAGCCAGCAGCACACUCCGUCGCCCCAGGAGGUCCGUGAGUGGUACUCUCAGCACGGGGGGGGGGGGGGGGGGGGGGGGGGGGGGCUUUAG